CUUGUUUGCCUCUAUAUAAACCCAGCAAAAACCAAUAAAAAAGUAUUGAAUUUAACUCUCCUAAAACAAUUACAUGGCAAAUCCAAGAUGGGUUUUUGGUCUAAAGACCUUGUUGAUUUUCAUCAGCCUCUAUCUCUUUCUGGGUAGUUGCUUAAUUGCAGCUUCUUUGGAAGACUCAACUGCCCAACAAAAACUUGAUAAGGUUCUUAAGCUUCCAGGGCAGAAUCUCGAUGUCAGCUUUGCACACUAUGCUGGUUAUGUUACCGUCAAUAAAAGCUUAGGGAGAGCUCUCUUUUACUGGUUCUUUGAAGCUGCUGAGGAUCCUGAUUCCAAGCCUCUUCUUCUCUGGCUCAAUGGAGGACCUGGAUGUUCAUCCAUUGCUUAUGGAUUAGCAGAGGAAAUAGGUCCAUUCCACAUUAGGCCAGAUGGGAAGACCCUUUACUUGAACCCUUACUCUUGGAAUCUAGCUGCCAAUAUUCUAUUUCUUGAUUCUCCUGUUGGAGUUGGUUUUUCAUAUUCAAAUACUUCCUCCGAUUUGCUUAACAACGGUGAUAAAAGUACUGCCAAGGAUUCACUGAAUUUUUUGCUGAAGUGGCUUAAGCGCUUUCCUCAGUAUAAAGACAGGGAUUUCUACAUUGCUGGAGAGAGUUAUGGAGGGCAUUAUGUUCCACAGCUAAGCCAAGCCAUUGUAAGACACAACAAGGCCACCAAGGCAAAAGCAAUUAACCUAAAGGGCUAUAUGGUCGGAAAUGCUCUAACUGACGAUUACCAUGACUAUUUGGGGCUCUUUCAAUUUUUGUGGUCAGCUGGCUUGAUUUCCGAUGAAACAUACAAGCUAUCGAAUGUACUGUGUGAUAAUGAGUCAUUUAUUCACUCCUCAAGUGCUUGUAAUGGCAUAUUGGAUGUUAUGAGUGAAGAAAUGGGAAAUAUUGACCCAUACAGCAUCUACACUCCCUCCUGCUCUGCCAAUGCUAGGCAGGCAAAAUGGCUGCUGAAAAGAAGGCUUAGGGUUGGCCAGCUCAGUGAGAAGUAUGAUCCUUGCACUGAGAAACACUCAGAAGUAUAUUUCAAUCUACCUGAGGUUCAAAAGGCACUUCAUGUUUUACCUGAAGCUGCACCAUCUAAAUGGGAGACAUGCAGUGAAAUCAUAAAUACCAACUGGAAGGAUUCUCCAUUAACUAUGCUGGAUGUUUACCAUGAGCUUAUACAAGAAGGACUUCGCAUAUGGAUAUUCAGUGGUGACACAGAUGCUGUGAUCCCAAUUACUUCCACCCGCUACAGUAUAGAUGCGCUCAAGCUUCCAAUUGUGAGCCCAUGGCGUCCUUGGUACGACGACGGGCAGGUAGGAGGAUGGACACAAGAGUAUGAAGGGCUGAACUUUGUUUCAGUGAGGGGAGCCGGGCAUGAAGUCCCUUUGCAUAGACCGAAACAAGCUCUCACGCUCUUCAAAGCUUUCUUAGCAGGAACCGCGAUGCCUGUUGCUGCCUCUAGCUCUCAACAACUCACCAGUGACUCCUGAAUUCAGGGUUGAUUUCAAUAAAUGCCUUCUCAAUAACUCUCUCUUAUUAUGGGGAUUGUAAUGUUAAUGUGAUGGCCAAUUCAAAAACCUCUUUCCUUCCCCAGAACAUGUCCAAUUCAAUCAAACAAGUUCCAGUUGAAAUGUGAACUUCGCUUAAAUGGUUGGAAAUGGUUUAAUU